AUGGCUCAACGUGUUACUUACAGAAGAAGAAACCCAUACAACACCAAAUCUAACAAAAUCAAGGUCGUCAAGACCCCAGGUGGAAAAUUAGUUGCUCAACAUGUCAAGAAGCUUGCUUCCAGACCAAAGUGUGGUGACUGUGGUGAUGCUUUACAAGGUAUCUCUACUUUAAGACCAAGGGAAUACGCCCAAGUUUCCAAGACCCACAAGACCGUCCAAAGAGCUUACGGUGGUUCUAGAUGUGCCAACUGUGUCAAGGAAAGAAUUGUCAGAGCUUUCUUGAUUGAAGAACAAAAGAUCGUCAAGAGAGUCUUAAAGGAACAACAAGAAAAGGAACAAAAGGCCGCUAAGAAGUCUGGUAAGAAAUAA